AUGCCCACGUUCAAACACACGGGCUCGCCGCCGCCGCCGUCGUCCCCGAGCGCAGCGGCCGGCGACGUCGACGCGAGCGCGCCGCCGGAGGUGGACGACCACUACAGAAACACGAUCGAGCAGCUCAAGCGCGACAUCGACGCGGCGCCGCCCAGGCCGAAGGACGCCGACGGCGCCGCCGGCGGGAAGCCGACGUCGUCGUACCCGGCCACGAACCAAAACAAUCCCAGGAGCGGGUUCCGAGGCGUCUCGCAGAAGAGUCUGAACUGCUACGGCGCGAGCGUGUACGUCUCGCGGCUCAAUCGGAACGUCUUCCUCGGCGUGUUCCCGUCCGCCGAGCUCGCCGCGCGCAUGUACGACGCCGCCGCGACGAUCGUCUUCGGUCCGGACGCGUACGUAAACUUCCCGGGCUCGGCGACGCACGAGCCGCCGACGGGCGCGCAAGUCGCCGCGAUGAAGCUCAAGGUGACCGGGGGAAGGACGGCGUCGUGUAAGGAGUGCGGGCAGGAGUUGCCGGUCAAGACGCGCGUGUGCGGGCGGUGUCGCGCCCCCGUGAAAUUCAAAGACGUGCCGUUCAAAGGCGUGCGCGUGAAGCUUCGCGGGAACAACCAGCCGCGGUAUCAGGCGGUGUUUUGUCUGAAGGGAAAGGUGGAGUUCAUCGGCACGUUCCGGACGCAGGAAGAAGCCGCGCGGGCGUACGACGCGCGCGCGAGGGAGGCGUACGGCGACGAGGAGGGCCGCACGAAUUUCGCGACGACGGCGGAGGCGGACGCCGCGUGCGAGGUGGGGCUCCGCAAGCUGUCCGCCGCCGGCGGGGACUUGGCCCCGAUCGUCACGAAGCGGAAGUCGGAGCGGAAGUCGGACGGCGACGACUCGGACGACGAGCUCGAGCUGCGGCGGCGGAAGAAGAGACGACGCGAGGAGAAGGCGUCGGGCGGCGGGAAUGGAGGCGGCGGGAAUGGCGGCGGCGGGAAAGGUAAAGGCGGCGGCUCGGGGAGAGGGCGACGGAGCAACUACUACGACCGGCUUCUCGUCUCGGGCGGCGGCGGGUUCGUCGACGCGGACGAGCGCGCGUGGGGCGGGGGCGCGGGGAACGAUCUCUCGAGCACGGGCGGGCUGGACUUUUCCGUGGCGCCGCCGAAGCAGCGGAAGGGGGGGAAGUCCAUCGCGGAGCAGCUGUUAGGAUCGCUGUGA